AAUUUGCUGUGAUAUAACCGCAUACACAAAUCACAAGCAAAUUUGAAGAGAUUACCAGAAAUUGUGUAAAAAUCAUGUUAUUUCUAUUAAUUUUAACUUAGUUGUACUUUAAAAUAGUGACAAAACGUAACAUAAAACUCCAGUUCACAAUGCUGCUCAACGUGAUCGGCCGCUACAGCGGCCGGCUUGGCGGUCAAAGUUUGCUUCGGAUUCCGCGCAAUCCACCGACCAGCUGUGUCGCCCGGCUCAUCGGUAGCAAUCGCAACGCGGACGCCGCACGGAGGCACAAAAUCCGCACCACAAUCUACUACGUGGCCGCGGCCGGUGUCCUCACGGUUGGGAUGAGCUACGCGGCCGUUCCGCUGUACCGGAUGUUCUGCCAGGCGUACAGUUACGGCGGCACCACCGGCGUGGGACACGACGCCGAAAAGGUCGAAAGCAUGAAACGAGUCCAGGACCGGGUGAUUAAAAUUCUGUUCAACGCGGACAUUGGCGCUUCGAUGCGGUGGAACUUUAAGCCUCAGCAGCCGGAAAUUAGGGUUGUUCCUGGAGAAACGGCACUGGCCUUUUACACGGCCAAGAACCCAACCGAUCAUCCAGUCAUAGGAAUUAGUACCUACAAUGUGAUUCCCUUUGAAGCGGGAGCGUACUUCAACAAAAUUCAGUGCUUCUGCUUCGAGGAGCAGCAGCUGAACCCGCACGAGGAGGUGGACAUGCCGGUGUUCUUCUACAUCGAUCCGGAAAUAAUGGACGAUCCCAAGAUGGAACUGGUGGAUUCGAUCACGCUGUCGUACACGUUCUUCGAAGCGAAGGAAGGAGUAAACUUCCAGAUGCCAGUGUACGCCACGAAGCAUGGUAGCAAAUAAAGAUUGUUGAAUAUUUUAAAUUA